AUGGCUAUGGCUCUAGCGCGUCUUACCGCCAAUAUCGGCGGUCCUGGCGAGCGACGGCGUCGAUUGUACGCGACAACGGUCAUGUCGGUGGUUUUAUACGGUGCCCCGAUUUGGGUGCAAACGGUGGCUAACGAUCGCGGGAUCCUGAGGGAUGUGCAAAGGCUGCAGCGGCAGCUUGCCCUCAGGAUCAUUCGGGGUUAUCGUACCGUCUCCCACGAGGCUGCGUCUGUCCUCUCGGGGAUGGUACCCUUCGACAUAGUUGCGGACAGGUUGAGGAGGUCAUACCUUCGCCGGCGAGAUAUUAUCUGUCGAAGUGGAACUGUCGAGCCUCGGAUGACUUUGAUGUUGUCCGAGGUGGAGCGACGUCGUUCUAUUUUAAGAUGGCGGGAGCGUCUGAUCGAGUUGCCUCCGGAUCGACCCGGGGCGAUCGUUAGGGGCGCCUUUGUGGAGGACCUGGAGAACUGGAGCGGCGGUAGAUACAGCGGCGCACACUCUCCUGUUCUGUCCAGCCUGGGUGGAGCAGAGGAGGGGGCUGCUGGAACACGUGGCGGUAUGCAGGACCCUCCGUGCGCUCUCCUGAUGCGUGGUUGA